UAUUGCAACUAAUGAGAGAAAAAAUGAAAGUAAGGAAAUCAUUUUGUUGCAAGAAGAAAAUAUGCAGAUAAAAAUUACCAAAAUUAUAGAUAAAGUAGAAAUAGAAACAACAGAAAAAGAGAUGCAGAUAGCAGAUAA